UUGUGCCCUAGGGUUUACAUUUCCUCCUACUUUCCUCCUAUAGGCGUGCGUGAAGAUGGUGUCUAUAGCUAUCGUCACAUCAGAAUAUGAUCCAAUGAAUGACCAGUCUACAAACAGCAAAGCCUCAUUUGCAUGAUGAUUGGCAGUUCUUUUGAAUUGCUCCAUCUCUUCUUCUAUCAAGUCGAGAGGAAACUGACUGACGCUCAGACCUUUCUUUCACGUCUCUACAAGCGUACGGAAAGAUAGCUUUGAGCUGUCUGCCAGGAAUCUGCUUGGAAACGAUAGAGGCAACAAGAAACGACGAUUUCAGUUUUUGGACAUAGUCUUAAUAUCUAACGUUACAAACUCUGUCAUUGAUUGAACACGAGGGAGUCUGAAGUGACUUGCUAGCUUCUGUAGCACCAUGGAUAUGUGGACCGGUAACUGGAGCCAUGUGAACGGGACGGAUGGCGCGUUCGUCCCACAAGCGCUGGGGUUCGCCCCGGCCAUUUUCACAACAAUCAUGCUCAUUUCUCCAGUGGUGUACGGGACAGUAACCGUUGUGGGUCUGCUAGGGAACAUGUUAGUAAUCUACAUGUUGCUGUGCCACACCAAGGCAAAGGACGCUACAAACUGUUACAUUCUCAACCUGGCAUUGGCUGAUACUCUCUUCCUGCUCGGGGUACCCUUCAUCUCAGCUUCAUCCGCCAUGGGACGCUGGGUGUUCGGGGAAGCCAUGUGCAAGAUUGUCUUGUCAAUGGACACGUUAAACAUGUUUAGUAGCGUGUUCAUCCUGGUCGCGUUGAGCGUGGACCGCUACCUGGCCACAGUCCGCGCCAACACCCACCCCCAUCUCCGCCAGAGGAAGAUGGUGAAAACCGUUAGCCUGUCCGUGUGGGCAGCUGCCUUCAUACUGACCAUCCCCGUCAUGGUGGUCAGCGGCACUACUCUGCUAGAAGACGGUACCUAUGACUGCGCGCUCUACUGGCCUGACGGUAAGGUUGUGUCCUGGCACAAAGCGUUCACGUCUUAUACCUUCAUAAUCGGGUUCGUCCUCCCCGUGUUGGUGAUCAGCGUGUCUUACCUACUGGUGGUCCGUCAUCUCAGGCGUAACACGUCCACACACGCCGCGGUGGCCAGAGUCUCCAUCAAGAUGCGGACAAAAGUGACUAAAACGGUUACGGCAAUGAUCAUGACCUUCAUAGUGUGCUGGUUGCCGUUCCACGUGUGUCAGCUGGUGGGUUUGACCACAGACGUGCGCCCUACGCCAGCAGUGCUGGUGCUGUUCCACAUGACCUUGGCCAUGACCUACGCCAACAGCUGCGUGAACCCCAUCCUGUACGUCUUCAUGAGUCAGAAGUUUCGCGGGAGCUUUCGCGCCGCGCUGCGUCUGAAUCGGAAAACGUCUGCAGAUCGGAUGUACGUCCGCCAGAGCGCCACCGUCGCGCGCCAUCGGCUGGAAAUCCCCGCCUUUUUCGAGGAGGAAAAAUGUGAGGUAAAUGUUGGAACUGUUCAGUGUUCAGCAGGAGUUAUCUACUCGUUUGAAAGUGCUUUGUAGAACAUUACAAAUAAACUGUAAGAAAAUGUUCUGUUCAGGAUAUAUCAAUAAUAUUUUCAGCUUCUAUGGACUUAAGUUUGGCCUAAAAACUACUACAUUGUUAAUAUUAUACAGCUAUUUGAAUUCUUCAAAUCAAUAGUCUAAUAUGAUGAUGAAUGUUGUAUUUUGAGGAUGAGGAUGUUCUGUAUACGUCCUGGUGAAAUACGCUUGCAAAUGUCUUUGAUAUCCAGAGAUUUGAUAAGAUAGAUGUUGGCAGCACAGACACCAGUCAAGUUUAU